CUAUCUCUUUAUUGCCGUUUUCAAAAUAGUUGGCGCCUGUUCUCACGACGCCAAAUUUGAGCACGAAACGAUGGCCAGCUCGAAAACACGAUCCUGAGCUCAAUUCUUGACCAAAUCUUUCGAAAAUUAGUGCGGUAUAGAGCGAUAGAGGUGCUCUAGUGCGCCCCAUAGUUUUUUUUGCAAUCAGAAAUAGUAUACAAUACUUGAAUUUUCAUGCCUCCUCAACUUCCGAAACACGAUAACUUUAGAAAUACACACCAGUUCGAGCUGUCCUUGAGAUAUGCUAUGCAUGUAGGGUCUGUGAAGUGCACCCCAUGUAUAAAAAUCACAUAUUGGUCUGUGGCCCUCAGAGCGGCACUGGGACUCGAAGGCAGCGAAAUACUAAGGCAAACUCACCCCAGCCAAACAGUCAACAUUCAUAUUCUGCUCCUCCUCCUCCCUCGCAAAAACCACGACCUCGACCAACCCCUGUUCACAAAGGCACACCUGCCUAUGAGCAGAUACAAGCAUCUCGUUCACAGCUCCCUCAUGAUAUGGACAUUGCUGCUGCAGAACAGCUGGUGGCUUUCCAACAUCAAGCCACAUCUUACCCUUGAUGAACAGGUCUUUGCAGGUGCUAUGGGGAUAUCCAAGGCAGAGAUGCUGAAGCAGAGGGAAUACGAGAGGCAGUACGGGUUCGAGGAUUCACUGAGUGAUCCUGAAGAGGAAGAGACCUCUGCAAGGCUCUCUACACAACAGAAACAGCAGAGCAGAAGAAUGAAAAACAGUAGACCCGUAUUCAAUGAUGAUGAGGAUAACGACAGUGAAACAAGUGACGGAGGAGAUGAGGUACAGAAGGCCUGGAAUAACCUUGUCGGUAGUGUUGAGAAGUUCAACAUCGUUUUUGAGGUUCCAUACAAAACUUCUCAGCGAAACUUGACCGGGAUCACUUCUCAUACAACAUUUGUUGUAUUCAUUGACGAGCUAGCCAAACGGAUGGAAACCCGACUCUCUCUCCUUUCCAAUAUAUCAUAUCUUCCAUCAUAUAAGCCAAAAACUCGGACCACCGAUGUAAUGCUUGAAGGAGAAGAAGACUGGAUCAUAUUGAUCAGAGAUGCCUGGGACCAUGUUCGAAAUACUCGCGGGAAGAAGACUAAAGCAUGGACAAUCCGGAUCUUUGACAAAAGCCCAACUGAGACAACUGGCAAAGGAAAGGAAAAGGAUGGGGGCAUAAAGAAUGGAAAGAGAUCGAUUGUUGCAGCGCCAAGUGACCAACUUCCUGCAUCCGAUUCUGAUGCAGACAUUCUAGUAGCCAUUCAGGGAAAAAAUCACUGCAAUGCGUGUCAGGCGGCAUGCUACGUUCUUGCUAAUGGUGAUCACUAUCGCUUUGAUGACGAGGAUAUGAAUACAUGGGUUCAACUUGCAUCUCGGCACCAAGCAACAGUCAACGAUCCGCCAAGCUGUAUCCUCACCCGGCUUGGCGAAAAGCUAGGUCAUCAAAAACGUCGUAGUGCUCUUCCACUGCCGCCACCUUCUGUGCCCUCUCUCCCUCCACAAACUCCCAUAGCUCCCGCCCCAGCCACAGAUGCUAUUACACAAGCCAUGACAAUGGUCGGCACAGUUACACCGCUUUUAGCAAUGUUGAUGAAUGGGAAUCGCACUCGGGACCAUUCCCCUCCACGCACUUCUUCAUCCAAGCGCCACCGAGCUGACAGCUCUCCUGCUCCGGCAUCAUCUCCAUCCAAGGCAUCUCCCUCUAAAAAUGAGGAGCUACUUGUUUGGCUUCCCAAAGUCGAUGCUGAUGUGGAACGUGGCAAAAGGAAUGCAGACUACACAAGAUAUGGUGACAUUUUGGCUGAAAAAGGUAUCUUCGAUCUUGAUGAUCUUGUGCGGCUUACAAGUGAACGGCUCGAGGCAUUCACUGGAAUGGCAUAUGGGUUUUGUGAUCGUCUUCUCCGGUAUGCCAGGGAGGAUUUGGGCAUAAAGUUAUCGAAACAAGCUCGAAUUGGAUAGUGAUUUCUAUAGUAUAGUAUAUCCACAAUGGUUGAAAAAUCCACAAGCAUCAUUACUAGUUAUGGAAUACGUUGCUCGAAUGAGAUGUAAAUAUACAUAGGUAUCAUCUAUAUUAGGGUGAAGGUCCUGUCUAACUAUUUCACCCUCUCGUCGAACAAAAGACUUGAUACAGGAAAACCCAAGUUCAAUGGGGUUGUAGUCAGGUGAAUAUGGUGGAAGGAAAAAAUAGCGCAUGCCACUGCAGG